AAACAAACUCUAAUGGAAAACAUACCAUUCUACAUUCAAUACCUCCACAACCAACCUGUAAAGGUUGAUACCCAUAUCAAUAGUGAAAGGACCGCUUUGCGGCCUUUCCCCCUUGAUAGUGUUGCUGACCUGGUUGUUGCUUUCCAAGCACUUCCAAACUCUCCUCUUGCUUCUACCUUUGUUGACGAGCUCACUCUCCACUUGCCUGAUGGACCUGCUAUUCCUGGGAAUACUCUUUUGAUUGAUAUUCAGCAACCUACUGGUUCCUACGACCAUCCACUGAUUAUUCGCUCUCUAAGAGAUACUAUCACUAUGGACGAGCAUAUGGUUUGGUCUCUUCCUGAACCGGUGUAUGACAAUCCUGUGUCAAGACCCAACACCUCUGGCAGAAUUUGGAAGAAGCCGACACAUGUUUUCCUGUGGUCUGAUUUUAAGCAAAGCGUUGUUGAUUGGAUUGGUGCUAAUCAUCAUCAGCAUUCUCAAAGAGUACAAAGACCUGUGUUUGUUCCUGGAAUUAUCAUCACCGAAGAAGUUCAAAGUCUUCAACCCUUCAUCAAGCUCAAUUUGCUCAAUAUCUCUGCCAAGUGUUUCAUUCCUCCUUCUGAAUUCAAGGCACGACGUCAAAUCACAAGCUGCGUAGGGGAACCAGAUCAUUUAAUGACUAGAGAUGGAGAGAUUGUCGCCAUUGUUGAAGAAAAGGGCAAUUGGACCUUGCCUAUCAGUGAUAUCGUCAACUCAUACGACACAGAAAGGACAUGUGCGUCUGCUCUUGACCAACUCUACCACUAUAUGCGAUUGAACCACAGGCAAUAUGGGAUUCUGUCGACAUACGAAAACACCUGGUUUGUUUAUCGAAAUCAAGAAUGUGCCGUUUGUGAAGAACCUCAAGUUCAUGAAACUUUGUAUGUUUCCGAGGGAAUCUCCUUUACUGUUCGAACACCCACUGUUCAACAAUGCUUAUCGUAUUUCAACAGCAUCGUCAAUCACAAUCAUAUGGAUUCUCCCCCCGCAUCAAAGCGUCCGUCUAGAGCUAGUUCUGCUACCCAAAUCUCUCGACCAAGUAGUACUAGAGUAUCUCCGCGUGCUAGUCUCUCCAAAGGAUGCAGUUCUUUGUCGUCUGGAAUUCAAAUCAACGAGCAACCCCAAGACUUUGAUGUUGAUGAUUUCAAAUUCGAUACAGUUCUUGGUGAAGGAAGAAGCAAAGUGUAUUUGGAUUACUAUGGAUCUAGCCGUAUUGCUCUCAAGGUUGCUGAUAUUGCCAAGCACGGAGAAAUGCUUCCAGAAUUGCUGAAUGAGGUUUCUGUGUAUGAACAGCUAUCGGGGCUACAAGGGAAUGGCAUACCUAGAUUCGUUUGUCAUGGGUUUGUGGAGGACGUUCUGUACUGUGUAGGUGUUUCUAUCUGUGGUACGGUGGCCAAUGGAUUCACUGAACAGCAAAAGCAGAAGUUGUUGGAAACACUCGAAAGCAUUCACGAGGCCGGUAUUCUACAUAACGAUAUCAAAAAGGAGAAUAUCUUGAUUGAUGAAUCUGGGAAUCCAUAUAUCAUUGACUUUGGCUUCUCUACACGAAAUUGCUCCCCUGUUGCUCGAAUGGAAGAAACAAACUUGCUCCUUAGUCUGGUUGAAAGUACUUGAGAUAGUACAUUUGGGUUGGAAUGAAUUAGACAAUUAUUUGUAUGAAUAAAGCACCGAGUCUUGACCAUUAUAUUUGACAUUGAUUGUCCAUGGCAUUUUAGCAUAAAUCACCUGUCACAGGCGAGAUCAACUCCAGACACUUUGAACAACUUUUAGCAGAGCAUCUACCAAGAAGAGUAGUAUCAUUCAGUGCCCUAUCUAUACUACUAUUGUUUUUUACAUUUUCCACUGUUCAAUACAUACUGCGGUACUAUUUCAAGUAUUCCAAAACCAACUUGUAAAUCAGACAAUUGAAGAUGAGUUUCAUUUACGAAAUAUACAUUUUUGAAUCAACAAAACGACACAUUUACUAUUGAAUCUGGUUUAAACCGUUCAACAAUAAUAUCGCGAAAUGCAGUUUUGUAUUGUGCAACAACUCUUGCUGACAUUCUAAUAAAAAUGAGUUUGUAAGCCUGC